AUGUCGAACGGUACCGCGUACCCAGACGUGCUGUCGAACGUCGACAUGCCCGGAAGGAGCGCCCCCGCCGCCGCUGCCGGCUCUCGGCUCAACAUUACCGUGUGCGACCCCGUGAAGCAGGACCAGGGGAUAAACGCCUACAUCACGUACAAGGUCCACACGAGCACCGACCGCCCGGACUUCCAGUACGGGCAGUUCACGGUGAUCCGGCGGUUCAAGGACUUCGUCUGGCUCAGCCACCGCCUGGAGGAAGAGUUCCCCGGCAUGGUAAUGCCCGCCCUGCCGGUAAAGAUGGUGGUGGGGAAGUUCGACCAGACCUUCGUCGAGAAGCGGCGGAAGGAGCUGGAGAUCUUCCUCAACAGAGUGGCCGCCCACGGGGAGCUUUCAGCCUCUCAGUACUUCAAGACCUUCUUGCAGGCGGAUGACGCCGGCCUUGCGGACACCAAGGACAAGGAGAAGGCGGAGCGGGUGCCCGUGGGGCCCCACCACGUGCUCCGCUGGUUCGGGGAGGUGGCGACGCAUGUCAAGACCCAGGUGGACAAGGCGAAGAAGGAGGAGAUCUCUGCCAAGACGCCUGCGGACAUCAAGUUCGAGGAGAUGCAACAGUACGCCAACAACCUGGACGUUCAGAUGCAAAACGUAGCAAGGCACACAACGGCGCUGGUGAAGAAGCAGGAGCAGCUUGGCUCGACAAUGUUCGAGUUCGGCGUGGCCUUCACCCUGCUGGCAAAUGCAGAAGAGGACAAGGCGCCCCUUGGGCAGGCGCUGCUGCAGCUCGCACACGCUGCGGACGAGGUGUCCGUCCAGGUGAAGAAGCAGGCGCAGCAGGAGGCGGAGCACUUCGAGGGCCCCGUGCUGGAGUACGGGCGUAUGACGACGGCACUCAAGACGGCUCUGCACAAGCGCAACGAGAAGAAGAUCACCUACAUGACGGCGGCUCACGACCUCGAGGCGAAGAAGGCGCACCACAGCAAGGUGGCGGGGUUGGGGGGGGACCGCCAGGACCGAGUGGCAGCGGCGGAGGACGCGGUGGCCACGUCAACAACGGCCCUCGAUAAGGCCCGCAGGCAGUACGAGGAGGUGUCCGAUCGGGUCGUUCGGGAGUUCGCGCGGUUCCGGCGAGACAAGGCGGCGGACAUGAAGAAGAUCAUCCUCGACUACGUUAACGUGCAGGUGGAAGCGACGAAGAAGCAGGAAGAGGCAUGGCAAGCUCUCAUUCCGCACAUCGAGGCCAUGGAGCUGGAGGGCAGCGGCGAGGGCGAUGGCACCGGAAUGGGAGGGCCCGACGGCAUGAUCGGGAUGUAAAAGUGUGAAUGAAAUAAGCAAGGUGCAUGGAAAACGUCGACCACAAUCAGCAGAAGGAAGACGAGGUUUGAUCAAUUUAUGCACGGGUUGGUUGAGGGGACCUUUUCGUUCUCGCUGCAUGGGGGUGUGUGGCCAAAAAAGUGGGUGGAAAAGGCUUUCUCGCCUUUAGGGGAUGGGUGGAAGGAAAGCGUUUUUCAAGGGAGAGGUGCGCACGGGAGUGUGAUGCUCGAUACCAGGACGGCGGCGCAAAGAGGUUGGGCAAGGUGGAGGUGGGAUAUAUUGUCCGUGGCCAAACACAGCCUUCACAUGACCUGGUGCUGUCAUUUUUGUAGGCUACAGCAGUAUUGCGGCGAUGUUUUUGUUACGAUUCGGCCCGGAUGUGGUCUGGCCGAUCAGGUGGGCCGCUUGUGGGAUGGUGUAAAUUGUGGUGGCCACUGAGCAAACUCUGCCUGCUUUCAGCUAGACCCGGUGUUUCUCCGAUUCUGCGUAGGUUAAGACGUUAUACUACGUACAGGUCGCGUUUGAUUUUGGAAAAGAGGCGUUUUCGUUUAAAUCUGGAAAGAGGCGUUUUUUACAUGUGUAUUUGGGGCUUGUCAGUGUCUUCACUCUCGCAUGUCUGCUAGUUUUUUUUGUUGUUGUCAAGUGGUGAAAAAAGCACGCUACGCGCUGUAGUUGUUCGCGUGUGAUAGUUUGCCAUGCCCCGAUUGUUGUUGUCUAUUGGUG